AGCGUCUUUGGAUUUUACGAACCAAGUGUGGUGAAAUUUUACACUUUAGAUGAUACAUUGGUGUAUUCCGACAUGAAACAUUUUUCGAAAUUUCCUUUAGCUUUCGCGGACAGUUCAAAUUUUGGAAAAUCCGAUGAUAUUUAAAGCCAGACUGCGAAAGAGAAAAAAUGCACUAAAAGAAAUAUUUAAUUCACGAUUAUCCCUGCCAAGAAUGCAUGUCACAGAACCAGGGGUAAAAAUUCUGUUCGUAUUAUUGUAAUUUUUGAAAUCUUCCAAAAAGAAUUUAAUAUUUGCUAAUUGGCUCGAAAAGAUGAGAGUAGUCCGUCCGUGGGCCGUAAAGCAGUGCUGAACAACUCUUAACCUUGUUGUUCUUUUAGACAUAUGUGGUUGUUGUAGGGGACACAUAAUUCUAUAAUGGGGCUGUUUAGUGUUACCGAAGGGUCCUCGACAAAACACUCGCACUGCAUUAUUGGCUUUUUGAGCCUUCCGCGGGACCACGUAUCCAAGUAUUGGCAUUUUUCUCUCUACCAAAAGUUCACUGAAUGCCUUUUGUUUCCUUUGCGUUCAAUUAGUUGUGUGGAAUUGCAUUCCUAUUGCUCUUUGGAUAUUGUUGUUGUUGACAGUCCUUGUUUUCGAAAUUCUAGCGAGUUGACAGUCUAUGGCUGGAUAUAAAGUGAAGAAGAAGUAGAAGUGUUUAUGCGCAUAGAAAAAACCAUUCUGCUUGAUUGAAAUAUGCCAUAAGAAUUUGUUGUAAUCGAGUAAAUGAAAAUUUCUUAUCGUUGCCUUCAAGAACUACAUAUGUAGAGCCGAAUAUGGUUUGUCAUAACAUUACAAAGAUUCACAAAAGAAAACUCGGCCAAUAGUUAUACCAUCAGAUAAGGCGAUGGAGCAAUAUAUAGCGGCUCGGUAUGAGGAAGAAGUACAUGGACCUGCAAAGCGUGCGAUCCGAACUCGAAACACUAAAGUGCAGCAAACGGAGAGUAAACGUGUAAAAUUCUUCGAUUUCAAAGGACUAAUGGCGCCUGUAUUCACUGCCUUCAAAAAUAAUGAAGAACAAUCAUUGGAAAUUCAGCAUAUUGACCGUUACGCAGAAUGGCUGAAAUUUAAUCGUAUUAGUGGUGUUUUAGUUAAUGGCAUGUCGGGUGAGGGUCCCGCCUUGGGUUUGUCGGAGCGCAUGCGAAAUGCCGAGGCUUGGUGGGAGGCCGCACAAAAAUACGAAUUGGUUAUGUUUCUGCAAGUCGGCGGCGCACCAUUGCCCGAUGUACUAGUAAUGGCUGAUCAUGCGCACGAAUUGGGCGUACAUGCGGUGCUUUGCCUACCCGAGCUCUUCUACAAGCCCACCACAGUCGAACAGCUGGUCAGUUAUAUGCGAUUAGUGGCUAAACGUUGUGCCGCACUGCCUUUCUUCUACUAUCAUCUACCGCUGAGCACUGGGGUCUAUCUUAACAUGCGUGAUUUUUGCAAAUUGGCCGAAGAGACCAUACCGAAUUUCUAUGGUAUACAUUUUGCCAGCAAUGAUCUGGACGAUGGCGAGGCGUGUUUGCGUGAAGGACGCGUAAUUAUAUUGGGCAACAGUCGUUUGCUGGCCUGCGGCUUAUUGGUGGGUUUCGAAUCGGCUUUGAUGACAGUCUUAAAUAUACGCCCCGACUUGGGUUGGGCCAUUUGGAAUGCGAUGUUGAAUAAUAAUUUGGAAACGGCACGUGACACGCAAAUGCUUUUGAAUAACAAGAUUAGCUAUUAUAUGGGACGCUCCAAUGAGCAUGGUUACAUACAGGCGAUGAAACAAUGGUUCGAUGAUGAGGUGAGGCAGGGUAAUGGUCCGGGCUUCUUUAUCGGUUCUGCUAGAAAAUUCUUCUAAACGUACUAGUUUGUGUUCAUAGCUGAUUGUGUUGAUGUUUCAGCAUUAAUUUUAAUACAAAUAUGUCAAUUCAUACUCGUCUGUACUUUUGAAGUGUGUUCGGUGGUUUAUGAAUUAUAUAUAUACUUGAUCGCUUAUA